CAGAGUUCUGCGUGAAUGUCAGACUAUUGUGUUAAAAGGACACGGACUCAACUUGAACAUACAAGCUGUGGCUUAUGUUACUGAUUGGCUCCCAUUAGAUGAGUUCAGGAGUCGCACAGCGUCAACAGGGAGGCGUGUGUGUCUUGGGGCUCAUGGAUGGCAACAGGUAACAUGAGCAGCUGACAAGCCACACCUCAGUGGAACAGAGGAGCAAAAACAAUCCCGCUCACGCACACACACCAGCAUACGAGCAAACUCACUGAUGAUCUCCACAACAUCCAGCACGGCUGAGAUGGUGACUCAGGGCAAACUUCAGAUCAGCUCGGUGGAAAUCGUUGAAGAUAAAAGUUCAAGCAGACUGGGAUGUUUUGGUUGGCUGUUGGUCAUCAUAUCCCUCAUCUUUAUAGGAGCAACAUUGCCAAUCACACUAUUCAUGUGUGUCAAGAUUGUAAAGGAGUAUGAGCGAGCUGUCAUUUUCAGACUGGGUCGAAUAACGGACAGGAAACCCAAAGGACCAGGACUUUUCUUUGUUCUGCCUUGCACGGAUACCUUUGUGAAAGUUGAUUUAAGAACAGUGUCUUUUGACAUCCCUCCACAAGAGAUCCUAACUAAAGACUCAGUGACCGUGUCUGUGGAUGGUGUAGUGUACUUCCGGAUUCAUUGCCCCAUCUCAUCUGUGGCCAAUGUAUCUAAUGCACACUCAUCCACACGGCUGCUGGCUCAAACCACCCUGAGGAAUGUGCUCGGCACCAAGAACCUGACUGAACUCUUAAGUGACAGAGAGGGCAUAUCACUGAGCAUGCAGGAGGCGCUGGAUGAAGCCACUGAUCCAUGGGGCAUAAAGGUGGAGCGUGUAGAAAUCAAGGAUGUGAAGCUUCCUCAGCAGCUGCAAAGGGCCAUGGCGGCAGAGGCAGAGGCUAGCCGGGAAGCCAGGGCAAAGAUCAUCGCUGCAGAGGGAGAGAUGAAGGCCUCCCGAGCGCUGAAAGAAGCCUCUAUGGUCAUUUCGGAGUCACCUUCUGGUCUCCAGCUGCGAUACCUGCAGACCCUCAACACCAUCGCAGCAGAGAAGAACUCUACCAUCAUCUUCCCUUUGCCCAUUGAUAUUAUACAAGCAUUUACGCAAAGGAAGUGAA